AUGGCGAGGAGGAAGAACUCACUGCGCGGGCUUUCGAUAGAGGACCUUCCUAGCGUCAAUGGCAGUGAGAACAACCCUGUGUUAGAAGUCGAAGACAACUUGAACCACGCGCGGCCUCCAUUGAUUCCUGUUAUUAACAAUGUGCUACUACCGACAGGUGAAGUGAAUUAUGAUGGUUUACCAAGUUUGGCUUUAUUAUUGUCGGUUACGUCAUCAAAUGCUUCGUCUAUUGCUAUUCCAUCAGCAUCAAGAACUACCAGGCAUAUGAGAAAACUACUAUUACCAGCUGUGCCAAAUUACCGGGCGAAAAAGACCAAGAAAACAAUAGAGGACCUUCCUAGCGUCAAUGGCAGUGAGAACAACCCUGUGUUAGAAGUCGAAGACAACUUGAACCACGCGCGGCCUCCAUUGAUUCCUGUUAUUAACAAUGUGCUACUACCGACAGGUGAAGUGAAUUAUGAUGGUUUACCAAGUUUGGCUUUAUUAUUGUCGGUUACGUCAUCAAAUGCUUCGUCUAUUGCUAUUCCAUCAGCAUCAAGAACUACCAGGCAUAUGAGAAAACUACUAUUACCAGCUGUGCCAAAUUACCGGGCGAAAAAGACCAAGAAAACAUUUGUGAAAACUACCAGCGACAACGAGUCAGGUCCGCUGAAGUUGUGCGAAAGAAUGUCGGGCGCGCCCUCCGCGCGUCGCCGGCCGCCGCGUGCGUGCGCCGCGGGCAGCGCGGGGGAACUCUAG